GCACCCAAUAAAUAUUUUCUUCAAAUCUCCCCUUCGCAGCCAACGGCCCAACAGUAUAUAAGGCUACUGGUUCAAGCAUUCUAGCGCCAAAUUUGACAAACGCAUAACAGACACACGAAGAAUCCAGAUGGCGGAAUCACAAAAAACAGAUGCUCCUGUCAAAUCAAAGGAGAAAAGUUCAUCGCUAGAUAUAGACAUUGACAAAGACUUUUUUGGAUCAUGGAAGUCAACGUCCAUGGGAGAUGAUGGAAUGGAUUUCGAUUUUGAACCACCUACCAAAGGCAAGCAAAAGGCUUUCAAAUUUGGCAAAAUGGAUAUGGAUUUCUCUCUUGAUGCUGAUUUUGACAAGUUAUCAUCUUUCAAGAUGGACAUGCCUGGUCUUGAUAUAUCAUCCGCUACAAAGAAAUCUGGAAAAUCGACGGAAAAGUCAAAAGAAGCAUCUUCUGGUAGAGUCAAUCAAUCAAAACGAGGCAGCUUUGGAUUCUCAUUUGAUUUUGAUGGGUUUGCCGAUUUGGGCUUUGAGUCGAAAAAGACAAAGACUGAUGAAAACUCUAACAAAGAUGUUGAUGCAUCCGAGGAUGAUGAUACAUCAUUAAAGCAUCCAGCAACACAGGGCGUUACCAAUUCAAGGGUUGAUACUCAAACCGACAACUUUAAGGAUCCUGAUCCCAGAACUGAGGAUGUCAACUUGAAAUCUGUCAUAGACGAAAGCUCUCUUCUAAAAGCUGCAAAUUCUGAAGAACAAGGGAUACAGAGGACAAUAGAACCUAUACAAGAAUCUCCUUCAUCAGAAAAGAGAUAUUCUCCAGAACCUGUUGCUCAGAAAAUUGUGCGAGAUUCAUAUGUUCAUUCUGAAGAUACAAAUAUCUGUACUGAAGGUACAUUUUCAGACGUGCAAGAAGAAGAAUCUAAAACGUUGGAUAUAAUAGUGAGCCCGAGCACAGGGGAUGAGCAAAAUGAUGCGAGGCCUGUGGCUGAUGAGUUGGUUCUCGCUGGAAAUUUCUCAGCACAAAUGGAGGUACAAAGUGACAAAGGUGAAAUGUGUGUGACGAGCGACGAUAAUGUAACCACUGAACAUAAUAGUGAUACAAGUAAGGCUGAUUUACAUCUUGAAAGUUAUGUGACACAUGGGGUAGAGAAUUUGGUACAUGAAGAAAUGGCUGAUGAGAGGAAUGCAGAUUCAGAUUCCGAACAUCCAGGGAAUAUUCCUAUCCGGUCAAAAUAUUUCAUAAAACAAAACGGAAGUGAAUCCGAGUUGCAGCAGGCAUCUGCCUCUUCAACAAAACUCAUCUCCAUUAGCAACAAAAAAACGAACACCUUGCCAAACCCUGCAUUAGAAAAAAGGGACGUCGGGUCAAGAAGUUUAGAAUCUGGUAGCAAGCUUACUGGUUUAUCAAGGUCACUACCCAAAGUGCUGAACAGAGACAUACCUGUUCAGGCUGAAAAAACAGAAGCAAGUCAUGUAAAGAGCCGUGACAAUACGAGGGAGGCUGUGAAUGCUGCUUAUAAUUUAAGACCCAGAAGUGAAUCAACAGUGAGCACAGUGGCACGUGAUGUUUUACCAAUGAAGGAGAAGCCUGUGUCAAAGGGAAAUGACCAAAUCAAUGCACACAGGUCUGAUGUCCAGCCAUCUAGUUCGAUUGAAACAUUGAGAAAAAAUAUCUCACUGAAUAUCAUAAAUCCCGGGAGAUCUACCCAUAACAUGAAGAAAACUGUUGUAAAAGAGAAUAAGAUAUCCCCAACAAAAGCUGAGAUGAAGGCAUCUGAAGCUCCUACUUCAAGAGUUUCUAGACCUACAGAACUGAAGCCAAAGCCACUCAAUUCCUUGUUACCAAAAAAAUUGACAUCCAUGGGAAAAAAGGAUCAGUGUCCUGAAUUGCAAGGAAACACAGUGUUCAAGAGGAACCUUUCUGUUGACACAAAGAAGCAAACACCGCCCACACCAACUCUGAAGCGUAAAGCUUUUGAGGUUGACAUACCACGGUUAACUCCAUUAAAACGUCUCUCUGCAUCACCCUGCAGCAACAAGAUCACAGCGUCAUCGGAAAAAGCUGUGGAGGAACGGGGUUACAAUCAUACAAGUGUGGCGCAUGCUAAGUCCCCUAGGCUCGAUGUUUCUCUAAAGGAAAUGGACAUAUCUUUAAUAGAAAACGAUGGUAUUUUUGAAAAGGCUGAGGCAUGUUCAAAGGAACUUGAAGAUAUCUGUAACAUGCUGAAAAAGAAACAUGAGGAGGCAAACGACUUACUUGUUCGUGCUAUUGUCAACAACAAUCAUCUCCUGAUGCUCAACCAUCCAAUUUAUCAAGACAAAAUCAGCAUGGUUCAGAAAUUUGCCGAGUUGCUGAUCACCAAGUAGCUUGAGAUAUCUCAACGUGUUACGCAGGAACCAAAAUAUGUCGUAUAAGGUACUUUCUAUAACCGGUCAAAUAUUCAAAAGGUGUGUUUCUAUUGUGAUUUGCUGCUAUUAGAUUUUUGUGAUUGUGCAGCUGGAGUGUGGCUUUUGGUGGAAGAUUUGUCAUGCUAUGAAGGUUUCAGGUACUUUUAUUCAUGCUCAUAAUUCAUAACAAGCAUUGUUUAAUGUUGACAGAAUCAUAAUAUGAAUGUUGUGGUAUACUUGUCAUUCACUAGACUCUUAUAUGAAA